CGGCCGCCCGGCAAGGAGGAGUGAUGGCCGCGGCCGCCCGGCAAGGAGGAGUGAUGGCCGCGGCCGCCCGGCACGGAGGGGUGAUGGCCACCGCCGCGCUCCACCGCCCGCAGCCGCCUGCCUCCUGACCGCCCUCACCGUCCUCAGCCGCGGACCCCAUGGCCCCUGCUCGCCUGCCAAGCUCCCGACCAGCACAGUGGCCCUGCGCUGCUCCCGGCUGCUGCGUUGGAAGCUGGGCACGGAGGCUUCUCAGCUCGCUCCUCCUCUUCACGCCCUGCGGCUGCGAAGCUGGCCCAGUCUGGGGAAGGCUGGAAGCAGACGUGGUGGUUGUGACAGGUGCCUGUGCACCAGGACUUUGCCAUAGUGGGACCUGUCCCAGUGCAGAAAAGCAGUCAGAAGCAGACACUGAAGGCAGAUGAUACUUCUGCUCUGCUCUUCCUCACUUUCCCCUCUGCCUCUUGAGAUGCUGCCUACCAUUGCCUGGAUCUGCUGACCUCAGAGCCAGCUGCUGAUAAAAAGGGCAGCUCUGCCUGCCUUCUCCACACUCGGAAGGAAGCAGCAGAGCCUUGGAAGUCGCUGGCAUCGCAGGCACUUGGGUCACAGCAGCGCCGAGAGCCAUGAGCAGCUCCGCGGAGACCGACCUGAAGGUCUCUGGGGUCGACUUCCUCAAGAGCAAGAACGGUCCCCAGCACCACACAGAUGCCUACAACAUCAAGAACCUGGUGGUGCGGCGAGGGAUGCCCUUCCAGCUGCAGAUCAGCUUCAGCAGGGAGCUGAAGGCCUCCGACAAGCUGGCCGUGCGCUUUGGCAUCGGGGAGAAGCCAAUGAAGAACAGGGGGACCCUGGUGUCACUGAAGCCAAACAGGGAGUCAGAAGUCAGCGGGUGGAAAAUCUCUGUCACCAAGAAAAGCGGCAAAGAGUGCCUGCUGUCUGUCACCAGCUCACCCAGUGCCCCGGUGGGAAAAUACAUCCUGAAUGUGAAAACUGGGAGUACCAUUUUCCAGCCUGAGAACAGCGAGGUGUACCUGCUCUUCAACCCCUGGUGCGAAGGUGAUGUUGUCUUCCUGGAGGAUGAAGGGAAGAGGAAGGAGUAUGUGCUCAAUGAUACAGGCUCCAUCUACGUUGGCUCUGCAAACAGCAUCUACAGCAGACCCUGGAACUUUGGGCAGUUUGAGGAGUACAUGUUGGAUGCCUGUAUGUAUCUGCUGGACAAAAGUGAACUGAAGCUGGCCAAGAGAAGGGAUCCUGUGACUGUGUCCAGAGUCAUGUCUGCUUUGGUUAAUGCCAACGAUGACGACGGAGUGCUGCUGGGGAACUGGUCGGGCAACUACAGCGGCGGCACCUCCCCCAUGGACUGGAUCGGCAGCGUGGCCAUCCUGCAGCAGUUCUACAAGAGCAAGAAGCCAGUCUGCUUCGGGCAGUGCUGGGUCUUCGCAGGAGUCCUCACCACCAUCAUGCGCUGCCUGGGCAUCCCCGCGCGCUGCGUCACCAACUUCAACUCGGCACACGACACCGACGACAACCUGCGCGUGGACGUCUACCUGAACGAGUACGGCGAGAAGAUGAACUCCAUGUCCUUCGACUCAGUCUGGAACUUCCACGUGUGGAACGAUGUCUGGAUGAAGCGGGCCGACCUGCCGGCAGGGUUUGACGGCUGGCAGACCAUCGAUGCCACCCCUCAGGAGCUGAGCCAAGGCAUUUUCCAGUGCGGGCCGUGCCCGGUGAAGGCCGUGCGGGACGGCAGCGUCUACCUGCCCUACGAUGGCACCUUCGUCUACGCCGAGGUGAACGCGGACCAGGUGUACUGGCUGGUCAGGGAGGUCAACGGGCGCCAGAAGAUCACCAAGCUGAGCACCGAGACGCGAGCCAUCGGCGUCCGCAUCAGCACCAAGGCCGUGGGGCAGGACAAGCGCGAGGACAUCACCCUGGAGUACAAGUACCCGGAAGGCUCCGAGAAGGAAAGGAGUUCCAUGCAGAAGGCUUCCUCCUUCAUCCGCCCUGCCAUGCUGAUCCCUCGCACGCGCUACGCUGCCGGGCAGGUGGUGCCCGUGGAGGACAGCCCUGAGCCGCUGCAGGAGACAGUCUCCAAGACUGGGCUGCAGAUCAGCAUCACCAACACAGAGCCUCUCUACCCUGGCAACCCCCUUGAGCUGCUCAUCGCCGUGAAGAUCGCCAGUCCUGGCAGCUGGACUGUCAACCUCACUGGCUCCUGCCAGCUGCAGUCCUACACUGGGAAAAUCGAGGGCAACCUUGGAUACGUCAAGGAGACCAUCAAGCUGGAAGGGCAAUGUGAGAAGCAGAUCCCUCUGAGGGUGAUGCCUGACACCUACAUGGCCACGCUGGCUGCAGUGGAGGACGAAGUGCUGGUCCACGUCACUGCCUUUGCCGAGGUGCAGGGGAUGGAUGACAAACUCACCAAGGAGGAGACGAAGAGAUUCGACUACCCACCCAUCACCAUCCAGAUGCCAGAAAGAGCCAAACUGAACGAGGACUUCGUCUGUGCCUUCAUCUUCAAGAACAAGCUGAACGUGGCCCUGGACAACUGCAAGCUCAUGGUGGAGGGCUUGGGGCUGUUUAAGAUGACAACAUUUGAUCAGGGGGAUUUACAGCCUGGCAGGAUCAUGAAGUCUGAAAUCAUUUGCAAACCAAGCAGGGUAGGAGAGAAGAAAAUCGUGGCCAAGCUGAGCGGCAGCCAGGUCAAAGGGAUCUCGGCAGAGAAGUCCAUCACCAUCUUCGAGUAGCAGCAGUGCUUGGCAGGCUCGGGAAACGCCACUGCAGGACUCAGGCUCUUCUGGCCCCUGGCUGGCUGGGCAGGACUCUCCGAGCAGAGCCGAGGGAAAGAAGCUGCUGUCCAGGGCCCCACUGCGCUGAUUGCAGUGAACUGCAACUCAAUAAAGAUGCUCACAAUCA